AUGAACGACUUUUUUCUUAAGAAAAAAGAUGAACUAGAAGUUAUUCCACUAGAAAUAAUGUUCGAAGCAUAUUGCGAAAUGGAUCCAAUUUCUUUCAAUCAAAAUAUCCAACUGUUACCACUAUCGCAAAGUGACAAAUGGUUAAUUUCUGCUCGUAUAAUCGAUAUGGUUACAUUAACGACUACAGAUACGGGUCUUGCAUUUUUUAAAUUUCGGAAAAGAGCCCUAUCUUUUGAAGAAUAUUUAACUUACUUGAAAGCUCUGGCGGAAUCAAAAAACUUAGAUUUUGAAGAAAUGAAAUACAAAAUGCAAAUUUGUGGGAAACCUAGAAGAACUGCUUAAUUACGC